CAAAGUGAGCUUUCUCAAGUUCCAAGCCCCCAAAAUCCCCACUCUUUCUGCAGCGUGCCCUUGUGCGGAUGAGAAAGAGGACGGACCCCAAAUAAAGCAGCCGGUGUCUCCGAGCUGCAAACAAACGUCUCCCCCCACGCCCUGCGUUUCCUUAGCUGGGACCCAGCGACGUUGCCUGGCUCCUUUUAUGAACAACAAAACCGUGAUGAAGGCAACAGGAGUCAGAAGCUAUUCAGCACAGGAAGCCCCCGUAUCCGGUGAGGGAUAAGAAGCGAGCAGCACAGGAUGCGCCUUGGGUCAGGGGGCCGCAGAGAGCCCUCAGCCUUUGUGUCCUUCUCUGUGACGGAGCGUCCACAUCUGAGCCCUCGGCUCUCCUCCGAGUUCAGCCCCGGCUCCUGCCAUCACGGACCGGCUGCCAGCUUCCCGCCCAGGGAGACACGGAGGCCGCAAUGACUACCUCCCCCGGAUUGCUGCUGCUGCUGCUGCUGCUGUUGGUCCAGCCCCGGGAGGGGGCCACCAGCCAGGAGGCCGUGGUCUGUGUGGGGACUGCCUGCUACUCGGCCCACUGGGGCAAGCUGAGUGCAGAUGAAGCCCAGCUCCACUGCGACAAGAAGGGGGGCAACCUGGCCACGCUCAAGAGCGAGGAGGAGGCCCGGCACGUCCAGGGCACCCUGGCCCAGCUAUUGCAGCCUGGGGCGCCCCUGGCAGAGCGCAUGGGCCGGUUCUGGAUUGGGCUCCAGCGAGACAAGGGCAAGUGCUUGGACAGUGACCUGCCGCUGAAGGGCUUCCGCUGGGUGGAUGGCGUGGAGGAUACGCCAUACACCAACUGGCACAAGGAGGCCAAGAACUCCUGCAUCUCGAAGCGCUGCGUGUCCCUGCUGUUGGACCUGUCCACGCCCGCCCUGGCCAGCCGCCUCUCCAAGUGGGCCGAGGGCCCGUGCGGGAGCUCCCGAUCUCCCGGAAACAGCGUCGAGGGCUUUGUGUGCAAGUUCAGCUUCAAAGGCAUGUGCCGGCCGCUGGCCCUGGGGGGCCCGGGCCAGGUGACCUACACCACCCCCUUCCAGGCCACCAGCUCCACCCUGCAGGCUGUGCCCUUCGGCUCCAUGGCCCACGUCGCCUGUGGGGACAGGGACGAGAGUCAGCAGCCUUACUUCCUAUGCAAGGAGAAGGCCCCCAAUGUGUUCGAGUGGAACAGCUCAGGGCCCCUCUGCAUCAGCCCCAAGCUUGGCUGCGACUUCAACAAUGGGGGCUGUGAGCAGGACUGCUUUGAAGGGGGGGACGGCUCUUUCCGCUGUGGCUGCCGGCCGGGGUACCGGCUCCUGGACGACCUGGUCUCCUGUGCCUCCCGGAACCCUUGCAGCUCCAGCCCUUGUAGAGGGGGGGCCACGUGUGUCCCUGUGCAGCUCGGGAAGGACUUCAGGUGCCACUGCCCUCCAGGCUACCAGCUGGACUUGACUGGGCGGGACUGUGUGGACGUGGACGAGUGUCAGGAUGCUCCCUGCACCCAGGAGUGUGUCAACACGCCGGGGAGUUUCCGCUGCGAGUGCUGGGUGGGCUACGAGCCCGGCGGCCCUGGAGAGGGGGCCUGCCAGGAUGUGGACGAGUGUGCCCCCGGCCGCUCGCCCUGCGCCCAGGGCUGCACCAACACCAUCGGCUCCUUCUCCUGCUCCUGUGAGGACGGCUACAUCCUGGCCGGGGAGGAAGGCACCCAGUGCCUGGACUUGGACGAGUGUGAGGGCCAGGGGGCCAGGCGCUGUGGCGGCUUAUGUUUAAACACGGAGGGGUCCUUCCGCUGUGGCUGCCUCCCAGGCUGGGAGCUGGCCCCCGACGGGGUCUCCUGCACCGGGGGCCCCACGUCGCCAGCACCGUCAGCCGGAACCCCCCAAGUACAGGACACAGGAGAUGGAGAAGGGGAGCAUGUGUCUUCUGCCACAGCAUCGAGUCCCACUGGGGACCCUGAAGGCACCUCCGAAACCACAUGGGUGGUGCCCACAACCGGGAGAUCGUCUCUCCCCCGACAUGUCCGCACCUCCCUUGCUCCACCCGAGAUGCUGGUCCCCAGUGGGACCCGUAGUGUCUGGUCCCCAGUGGGACCCCUGGCCACGCCUGGCCAAAGAGAGUCUACCGGUGAUGAUUUCACAGCCAAACACAGUGACAGUGGCACGGACGGGCAGAAGCUGCUGCUGUUCUACAUCCUGGGCACCGUGGUAGCCAUCCUGCUCUUGCUGGCUCUGGCUCUAGGGCUGCUGGUCUAUCGAAAGCGCAGAGCCAAGAGGGAGGAGAAGGAGAAGCCAAAGAAUGCGGCAGACAGCUAUGCCUGGGUUCCAGAGCGAGCGGAGAGCAGGGCAGCGGAGAACCCCUACAGUCCAACGCCGGGGACAGACUGCUGACCAGGAGGGCCUGGAACACCAGCUGCGACCACCGUCCUCAGAGCUCAGCCAUUGGAAGCAGGACCCCGCCCUCCCAGAACACUGGACUGGAAUCUUAGCACAGAAUUGUAACCCUUCUCUUUCAUGGCCUGGCAACUUGGGGUGUGCAGGUAGCCCGCAUGGUUUUGGGGGGUGGGUGUCCCAGAGUGGAUGUGGGGUAGGCAUCGGUUCAAGAAUUUCAUGCAUGUUAGCAACCCCCCCCCCAUUAAAAUUCGCCUGAUUCUGGAUCGGGUGUCAUAAGUCAGGUGCUAAGGGCUUCUCUGCCCACAUAAACCAGAGCCGGUGCCUGCGUGAGCUGAGACUGACGGACUGGCUCCUCCUGCUGUGACGGAGGCAGAGUCCAUGAGCUCAUUACUGAGCUGAUUACAGGAGAAGCUCCGCUUCUUCAGAGGGGACGGGUCUGGGGCUGGACGUUCCUUUCCAUUCAUGCGUCUGCACCCCGAGGAGAGCUGGGUGCCACCCAGACCUUCUGGAGUAAGCAGAAGUGCACUGGGCUGCUUAGGUGGUGGGGGCAGGACCUUUAGAAAUUGCAUCUUCUAGCUUUUCGGGUUCUGAUCGUCUUCUGUUCAUCUGGCAGUGGAGUCUGAACAACAUGGGGGAAAUAGCAAGAAGUGAGUUACCCAUGGUUUUGGAAACUAGAGAGGGGGGCAGGGUUUGUUUCAUAACUACUUGAAUCAAUUCGUCUAAAUAAAUGUGCUGAAGAGACCACAUGCUUGAUGAGAUGGACCCUCAAGAGGACAGAAGCCAGGGGGCCCCACGACCCUGGAGCUGCUCUGCCUUUCCCGCAUGUGGGGUGCCCCAUCUUUCUGAAGGAGGUGUGGGGGGGAUGAGGGGCUGUCGUCAUCAGCGUUUAGCAGCGUUCGUGGUGGCUGCUGCCUCCUAGAGCUGGUCCUGGCUUGCAGCUAUAAUGUGGUCAAAUCAGAUGAGUCCUAUGGGGGCUGCCCAUGGCACAGGUGUCUUCUGAUACAGGUGUCCCCAGCAUAGGGGUCCCCUGGCGCAGGUGUCCCCUGGCUCUCCUCCUUAAGAAAAAGGGCAGGAGUGGAGGGAGGAGGAAGGAGAGAAUAAUCAAACCUGUGCCACAGCAGACGGCAGACGCUGCUCAGGGUCAUGUUCAUUAAUAGCCUCCUUCUCAAGGGCUUGCUGCAAAGAUUGCUGGCAGCUAAAACUUGUGGUCACUGGCUCUCCGCCCCUGCUGCUUCUGCCUGGGUCCAGGAAAGCAGCCAGCGACUCAGGGGCCCUGGGGGUUUCUACUGCCCCCGUGCAGGACACACAGAGGGACGGUUUCCUUCCUGGGAUCCAGACUCUGCCUCUCAGGACAGGUGCGCCUUGUUGUUUCUGGUUCUGCCUUAGAAACGUACCUGCCCGGGAGCUCGGCACCCAAGGUGCGCUUGCCUUCAGAGCCAAGUCGAUACCCUAGCAGAUUUUCUAAAAAAGAAAAUAGAAAACUGGAGGCCCUGUGGGAGGGGAAGAAAGACUGUGGAGGCCUGAUGGCCCAGCAGGGGGUUUGGAAUGGCUGCAUUUUAUUUAUUUCUUUAUUUUUUGCUUUUUAGGGCCACACCCCCCGCAUGUAUAAGUUCCCAGGCUAGGGGUCGAAUUGGAGCUACAGCUCCUGUCCGAUGCCACAGCCACGGCAACGUGGGAUUCGAGCCGCACCUGUGACCUACACUACAGAUCACGGCAACACGGGAUCCUUAACUCACUGAGUGAGGCUGGGGAUUGAACCUGUAUCCUCACGAAUACUAGUUGGAUUCGUUUCCGCUGAGCCAUAACAGGAACUCCUGGAAUGUCUGCAUUUUAAUCUCACUUCCUACUUACCACUCAGAGCACUGGGGGUGGGGGCUGGGCCCACCUGCCCUGGGCCCAGCAGGGCUGUGCGGGCCUGACCAUUAGCCAUCUGUGGUGGUGUGUGCUGCUGACUGGUAUUGGCAAAUGACGGGAAAUUCUCCUCUCUAGGCUUUAUGGCCCUUGCCCUUGUCACUUGGGGCGAGGGAGACACUGCUGGCCCAGCUCCCCUCCCCCAGCCCUUGUGGUCCAGCGGCCUUGACUGGCCAAGUUCACUGACAUGCCCUUAACUUCAGGGUUGGAUUUCUUCCAUAGCCCGGCCUCUCUGUAGUCUCUGUGUUUGAAUUCUUCUCUGGGUGGGAAUGCGCAGCCGUGCCUGGGCCCCCCAGCACCCACGAGGGGAGAAAUGGUGGAUAAAUAACCAUUUUUCCAAACCCCCUCCUUCAGAGUUGGCCCCUCUGCAGGUGGGGGUGGGGUCCACUGCCUCAUGGCUGCUGCCCAGUAGAGCCAAGAUCCCUAAACUGGGCAACAGCAGGCAGUGAGUCUGAUGGAAAACACUGGCCUCAAACAGAGGCUCUAGUCUCCCAUCUGCCACACUGUCAUUUAGUCUGCGCUACGUGCAUCUUUGUUGGGGGGAAACUCGGGAACCACAGCAGUAGGCAGAUGCCCACCAGCUGUAUGGUCACGUGACCAACUAGCUUCUCCCAGACCCCCAGGGUGCCCGGCUGUGACAGCCAGAGAAAUGGACAGACAGAGUAUGGGGAGAGGGGGCUCUGUCAUGCAGGGUCCUCCAGCCGGGACCUUGGGCUGGGCGGGGGCUGACCAGGUGCUGUCCUGUCCCUGACCUCUCAAGUGGCAGAACAAGCCGGGUGCUGGGGUUCAGGAGAGGCUCCCUUUGGCAACAGGUUCAAUGGCAAUUGGGACUUUGGUCCAAAUAGAAUUCCCAUCAUUCAAUAAUUCUGUAUUCAGGACACACUCCCCACCUGCAGGGGAACGGCUCCCAGGGAAAGCUGAGUUUAGAUAGCCAAGGGGAUGCUGCUCUGAAGUCGCCUUGGGUGUGGAGGACCUGGCGAGAGCCCUCCCAGAUGAGCCUAGGGCUGCUCCCAGAGCGGCCUCGAGGCAGAAGCGGCCGUACUGUUGUCCCUUUCAGUGGGUGCCACGUUCCCAGCAGCACUGAGUGGGUGGAUUCGCAGAUUCUGGCCAGAGGCCAGGAGGGGUACAGGCCUCACUAAGGGUCCCUCAGUGAUACACUAGCAGCCGAAGAGUUCAUCCUUGCCUCUUCCCAUGAUUCGGCAAAGAAGGGGCAUCAAAGACUAACCACACAUGUGGGCUUGUGUACACGGUGGGGGAGGGCUGCUCUGGGAGUGAGUCGCAGAUACUCGGAGUGAGUGGCCACAUCUUUUACCUUCUGAUCAGGAGGCCCUGUUUGAGCACAUUGCGUGGGGCCUGGAUUCAACCCCUGAACAACCUCUGAAGGAUGGAGAUUUGAUCAUUAGCUACUUUCAUUCCAAUGCUCUUUCCCAUAUAUAUUUCCAUGGAAACUAAGAGAAUAGAGAUGAGAUGUGACUCCCCCCCCCCAAGGUACUACAUUCAAAAUAACACAGAGGUUUUUUUUUUUUUUAAAGGCAAAUAUAGGAAAGCCUUUUCCUAUUAUUCUUCUUCUUAGCUUCUCCAUUGUCUAAAACAGGAAAACAGGAAAGCAUGGCUUUCUAGCAGCUGCAAAAUGGUGUAAUGUCCCCUUUAUAUUUCCAUGGCUUACACAAUAGGGCUAGCAUGGGAAUCUGAGAUAGGAUCCCUGAAAACAUCUGUCCCUCUCUGGCCAUAAAACCCACUGCUCAAAUCCGUGUCAAGCAAAAAAAAAAAAAAAAAAGAUGAUGAUAAUUACAACUCUCCACGUGCUCGACAAUUGAGUGCCUUCUUCCAGUUUCCUGGGACUAAUACUCUCUGAGGCGCUCUGUCAAAAAUGAAGUGUGUUGUGUCUGUUCUUGGAGAUAAAGCCCAUCUGUUUUAGGAAGAGACUCUAUGAAUUCCUUUCCUGCCUUGUUCCUCUUAUCUGCAGUGUGGCCAGCAUUUCCUUUCAGCAGGUUUUGUGUACUGUCCCCUGGCGGGAGCCCUUUGUACAUAUGGACCUAAGCUCAGAUACGAUCUUGGAUAAGGCCUUGCUGGGAGAUACUGCUUGCGGUGGUGAAGGACAGCAAGCCCUCCCUGGACGCUAAGAAGACGUACAUCUCUUCGAGUGCGUGUUUGAAGUUUGAGCCCUGGUGCUGGGAUCUCAGGCUUUCUAGGCAGGGUCAUUUCAGGCUGGAUGCUGUGCUGCCCUCAGGCCUCUGGGAGGUUGAGUGGUGCCUCUGUUGGCCUCGGAAAUGAGUUGUCAUCCUCUGUGCUUGGUCAUGCACCUGCCGUAAUAAACUCUGAAAUACA